GCGAAAUUGGGGUGGAGGUAAUUGAACAUAUAAGGAGCUGCCGCGUCCAUCCGGACAGCUGGGCGAAUAGAGAAUGAAUUAGCAAAGCCUAAGUCACAUAUAUACGCAGGCAUUUUUAAUUUGUAAAUAAACCCUCAGAAAUACCAUUCGCAAUCAUGUCCGGAAUCGAGGAUACCUGGAACACAGCUCGCCGCGCACAGCAGGCAGCAUCACAGAACAACCCGUUACAGCCCACUCAGGGCACACAGGAGGGCGACAUACAGGGCAUGCAGGGCUCCCAGGGAAUUGGCCAGGGCAAUAUGCCCCCCUCUAGCACCUACGGCGCGCAGCCCACUGAGGGCUACGGUGCCGCUGGUCAACAAUACGGCCAGCCCACAAUGGGCCGUAGCACCCAACCGAUGUCUUCUCAAAUGGGUCAACGCCAGCAGGGAACCCAAGGCUUGGGAGGCCAAGGCAUCCGCGAACAGGGCUUAGGAAGCCAGAACAUCGGGAACCAGGGACUAGGAUCCCAGGAAGCAGAGUCUGAAGGAUGGCAGGGUAAGCCUGCGGAAGGACCAGGGAUGAAACGCGGCUCGCAGUCCUCAGAGGCUUCCGAAUAUAGCCAGGCAUCCCAGGAAGAACACGGUGACAAGUCAGGCGGCGGUGGUCUCCUCCGGAAAGCCAAGGAUAAGUUGUCUGGCGUCCGCUAAGUUGGAAUCUGGCGAACUGGGAGGUGGAUUGGAUAAGCUAGAAGUAAAAAGUACUUGCAAAUUGGAUAGUGGAGGUAUGGAUUUCAUUGUUGGAUAUUUGUUAGUCCCUUUUGCAUGUCAAUUAUAGUCAGUAAUAGUGUGACGCAAAAUUGCUCACCCGAAAAGCAAUAAAAAUAAAAAAACUCUGCCAGUGACGGCAAAAAUGUGAGCAAACAUGUUUUAAAAUGUUGAAAAUGUUCGUUCGUCUUGUAGGUACAUUGACAUAAUUUAGACAGGUAGGAUAUAUACGAUAGUGCCCAAAUAUCUAUUUAUAUAUACAAAAAAGAAAAUACGACGCGGAUUUAUUCGUUCGACCACUCAGGCUUCUUCUUCUCGGCGAAUGCGGU